AUGGAUGCUUCAAAUACCCAAGAAUUUUUCGAUCCGCUUCCUCCUCUGCCUCGGCCACCAGAUUUUUGGCAGCCGGCUGAGAAAUCUUCAGUGCAACUGCAUGAUUAUUCAAGAAACCAGAACACACCUGCUCCAAUGGACAUUGCUACAACUCCUUCUCCGGUUCCUCCGCCUGCUCGUAACUGUCUGAAAUCUGAAUACUCGAAACUUUUCCGUGAAGUAGAAGCAGCUGCAAGAAGGCGACCAGAACACCCUGGUGAAACUUGGGAAGAAGUUCGCGAGAAGACAAGGAUUGCCUGGACACGUUUGCUGGCUUUUGAAAGUAAGAAAAAAGGACUCGACUACUUGGAUGACAUUGUCGAUAAGAAGAUAGAUAAGAAAUUCCCAAACUGGAGAGAUCCUAAUUUCAAACCUCCAGUAAGAAGCCGUUCUAGUUCAAGAGAGCCACGAAAAGAUGGUUCUGAUGGAGUCAUUCAAAAAGGAGAGUUUCGACGACAUAAUUCAUCAUUCGGAGUCAUGUUCUCUCUACAAUACUUUGUUUUCGUUUUCUUUCUUACUGGAAAUCUUCUUGGCUUAGUUUAUCAACCGGAUACCAAAUCCACAAUCACCAAUGAGAUCAUUUCAAAUAAAUUGGGAAAUGAGCAAGAAGUCGAAGGUGUCAUCAUUUGGUCCUUGAACGAGUUGUUGAUUGCUGUUCAUUCCCGCAAUUAUGACAAAAUCAAGAAUCUUUUGCAUGCCGAUGUCCGUUAUAAGAGAUGCGAUUCAACAGAAAACAGAGACAACUCAACUGCCUCUUCUAUUGUAUUCAAGGCCGUUUUCACAGCGAAAAUGGAAGAAGAAGAGCGUACUGGAUUGGUUCAAAUGACUUUGGAUAAGAAGUUGUUGGUGUUCACUGAAGGACAAACUAUUUUUUUUCGCUCCACUGCAGUCUUUGAGCACCUUCUUUAA